AUGAAUCCCCCCUUUCCAGACGCCCAGCUCGGGAUCACCCGAAUUGUGAUCCUCUUAAUCCUGAUCCAGGCUUUCCUAGCCGGUGGGAAGCUCCUCAUGCACGCACAGGACGACGAUUUUCCUCUCACCGAUGCCGCCAGCAACAAGCUCCACGCCAGGUUCUUAUCUCUCAUUACUGCCAUCCCUCCCAAGCUCACUUACGAUGGAGCCACGGAUCCAUACUUCCGGGGCCAGGCCAUUGUUGACACCUUGUUCCUCCUGGAAUCCAAUUUCUCGCUGGUUCUCAACCUCUACUUUUAUAACGUCGAGUACUGCGGCCCAAACUUUAGCCCCGACUUUGGUGGCACUGGCAGCAAGCUUCGUGCUGGAUUCACGGCUCUCCUGCCGGAUCUCCGAGGUCUCAUGAACUUGAGCUAUGGAGCGGCCUAUGUCGCCCAAGGACAGUUCCAAGCCGGAUACUACAUCAAGGGCAUGAACUUGAGAGGAUCUAAUGGAUCGUGCUCGUCUCUCCGGGUGGAAAAUUCCACGGAUCAUAUUGGCUACUGCUACGACUACGAAGACACGCGACUGAGUUACAGUGUUUUCGACAGGCUCUACCCGGGUUGCCGGAUUCAAUCUGCUACAAAGGCCGAGUACGUGCUGGAGAUGCGAGAGGACUGCAACGCUGUGUUUAGCGACACCACUACCAACGAGGUUUUGUGGCAGUCGAAAACGAAGGGAAGCGGAAGGGACUGCGAGCUUGUUCUUGAAAAGACGGCGACGCUAGCUGUGUAUGAUCGAAACGGAACUGUCUUGGCGAGGUUUGGGACGAACAACUCCACGAAUGCGUCCUUGUUUGCGGUCCAGGGAGAUAGAAACAUGGUGAUCUAUGCCAUCAGCAACAUGAAGACUCCAAAGGCGCCAAAUGGUACCAGCUCUGUUUCGCAGCCUUCGUUUAGCUCCAAGUCGAGGCGAGGGAUUCGAACGAUUGCAGUCUCCGUAGGAGCAUCUCUCGUUGGAGUGGCACUGGUGAUUUUGUGUGUUGUGCUGAUUUUGCGAAAGAAAAGAAAUCGUAAAGCUAGCCGGGAAGCGUUGAGCUGGCUACCACCCGGUUCCAAGGCCAGGAAAUACUCGUACGAAGAGCUCCAAGAGGCUACCAAAGGAUUUCACAAGGACAACAUGGUAGGCAGAGGCGGAUUUGCGAGUGUGUACAAGGGAGUUAUAGACAAUCACUUUGUUGCUGUCAAAUACUUGACUAGCUCCGACUUGUCAGACAAGGCAAGGCGGGAUUUCGAGAACGAGGUGUCUACGAUUUGCCUCCUCCAGCACAAGAAUGUUGUCAAGCUUUUUGGUUUCUGCUCUGAGAAAGAGCACAAGCUCAUCGUCUGCGAGUUCAUCGAGAAUGGAAACCUAUCGGACGCUUUGUUUAGGUCUCCAGACAAAGGUUUGGAGCUAAAUUGGACAGCCAGAUACAACAUCUGUGUGGGAGUUGCGCAAGGUCUGGCAUACUUGCACGGAGAAACAUCACAGGCAACCAUCGUGCACAGAGACAUCAAGGCCCUCAACAUCCUUCUAGCAAGCAAUCUCGAGGCAAAGAUCUCGGACUUCGGCCUGGCAAGACUGAUCCAGGAAGAUCGGAGCUAUAUCAGCACACGAGCCGCAGGAACAGUUGGCUAUCUAGCUCCAGAGUACGCUCUCUCCGGCCAGCUCACCGAGAAGGCCGAUGUCUACUCGUUUGGGAUCCUUGUCCUGGAGAUCUUGAGUGGAAGGAUAAACAUGGAUUUCACACUCUUGGAUGGCGAUUACUUCCUUCUCGAACGGGCGUGGAAUGUCUUUCAGAGCGGCCACCUCCGGGAGAUGAUUGACAAGCGACUGGAUGUGGGCGAAGAGCGAGAUAUUCAUGAGAUGGAGCGCGUGUUCUUGGUGGCUCUCCACUGCACGCAAGCCGGCGGCAGCAAGCGCCCGUCGAUGUUUAGAGUGGUGGGAAUGCUCAUGGGAGACAUGGAAAUCGGUGGCACCAUCUGCAGGCCUGGCUUCCUCGUUGAUCUGAGGCAAAACCUCGAGCAGUCCAAAUCUUUGACCAAAACUUGACACGUUUGCGUUAUUUAACUGAAGUGGUACUUUUGACUGUGUCCAAA